UAAUUAUGUGUAAUGAUCAUCAAAUAGUCUUAUAACAUUAUUUUAACAGUUUGGCAUGUGACUUUUAACUGGAAACAUUUAACUCAACCCCACGCAGGCACAAGCACCUUUGAUGGCUCAGUUGUUACGUGUUUCCUCUAUGAGGUCUGGCAACCCGGCGGUGACUAAAGGCUAAGGUGGUGAUUGCCGCAACUGUUUAUUUAGCCAGAUGAUCCGAGUAAACAGCUCCUGACAGGCUGCCGUGGCCGCCCCUCAUUGCCAUGCCAAAGCCUGGAUGAGCUGAGAGACCUACUGAUAAGAGGAUCUUGACAUCCAGCUCCUUAUGGCUGUAUAUGAUGAGAACAUCCUGAGGAAUCCUUUCUACUUGGCGUUGGAGAAGCAGAGGCCAGAUCUCUGCAGCCGAGUGGCAGAGCUCCACGGCAUUGUCCUUGUUCCCUGUUGUGGAAGUUUGACCAAUGGUGGCUACUCAGACUCUCAGUUUGACAGCUAUGUACUACAGCCGGUGGAGAACGGAUACCAGGCUGUGGAUGGAAAGGAGGUAAGGAUUCAGGACAGGCAGGUCCUGCUUGGAUCCGGCUUCCCAGCUCCGGUGUCGGUGUCCAUUUUGUUUGAGGAAACCUUCUACAAUGAUCAAGAGCAGAGCUACAGCAUCUUAUGCAUCUCGCGUCCAGUCGAGGUAGACACAAGCCCUGCUGAGUUCAGCCAGCCGCACCCUUACUGCCUGAAAAACGUGGAGGAUGUCAGGGAGUUCCUGGGCAGCCAUGCGCAGAAACUGGACAAGUUCAUCCUCAGCUUCUGUCAGGCGUUUAAGGAGCAGGAGAGGAAGGGACUCCGACACCACAUAGACUCGGUGAAUGGUCUCUACACUAAAUGUCUUCAGUGUCUGCUGAGAGACUCUCGCCUGAAGCUUCUGACAAAGCAGGAGCUUCAGAUGACUCUACUCAAGCAGGCUGUUGAGAUGUAUGUUCAUCAUGGUAUCCAUGAUUUAAUCUUUAACUUUGUGGGAAUGCUUGAAGCCAGCCAGGAUGCUGCCUUCAACAAAACCACCAGGAGUCUGCAGGAGCUGCAGCAGAAAGACCUGGGAGUCAAACCGGAGUUCAGUAUAAACUUGUCGCGGGCAAAGAGAGAGCUGAGUCAGCUCAACCAGCAGACGUCCCCUCUCCUCAAACUGCUCUGCCUGCGCAGGGUCACAGUGAUCGCAACCCAGACCCCCAGAUGCACCGUCAGUAUUGAGGCUGUAAGUGCAGAUGACCUGCUCUCUGUCAUCCUCUACCUGCUGGUGAAGACAGAAAUCCCUAACUGGAUGGCCAACCUGAGCUACAUCAGGAACUUCUGCUUUAGCCACUCCAGUAAAGACGAGCUCAGUUACUGCCUGAGCACGUUUGAGGCAGCGGUGGAGUACAUCAACCUGGGGAAGCUGAAAGACACAGACUCUGGCUCGGGUGAGCUGAACGACAAAGCCUUGUUCAAAGACAGAAUGAGGUCGUUGUCGCAGAGCGCUUCCACACCCAUCCACUGUCUGUUUGAGCACAUAGCAAAUGGGAAUGAGGCGGAGGUUAAACGACUGCUGUGUGAAGGCGAGAGCGACGAGGAUGUACGAAUGUGUCACCCCCUCUGCUCCUGUGACAUCUGCGACCUCCAGCUGUCCGGGCGGCUAAACGACCCCUCCAUCAUCACGCCGUUCUCCAGAGAUGAUCGAGGUUACACUCCACUCCACGCUGCUGCUAUCUGUGGCCAGGCCCACCUGAUAGACCUGCUGGUAUCCAAAGGAGCGACAGUCAACGCCACAGAUUACCACGCUCUCACACCGCUGCACCUGGCCUGCCAACGGGGAUACCAGGGAGUCACGCUGCUGCUGCUGCACUACAAGGCAUACACAGAUGCUCAGGACAACAACGGCAACACACCGCUGCACCUCGCCUGCAUGUAUGGACAUGAGGACUGUGUGAAGGCGCUGGUCUACUAUGACCUGCAAGUGUGCCGCCUAGACCUGCAGAACGAUAAAGGAGACACGGCGCUGCACAUGGCAGCGCGGUGGGGCUACGAGGGAAUCAUCCAGGUGCUGCUGGAGAACGGAGCGAGCACCAACUUCCUCAACAAGAGCAAAGACUCACCGUUUCAGUGUGCGCUCAACUCCAAGAUCCUCAUGUUGUUGCAGUCCACUCAGAACGGCCGUCAGCGCAGCGGCAGUCGAGUUUAUUCUCCCAGUUGCUCCCCUCUGGCCUCAGACUGCAGUAGCCAUCGCUCCUCCGUCUCCAGCACCUCCUCUCUGGGCUCUGAGUCUAAACCGGAGGUAGAACGAGUCCGACACAGAGAGGUGGAGAAGCUGCUUCGUGCUGUGGCAGACGGUGACAUAGAGAUGGUCCGUUACCUGUUAGAGUGGAUGGAUGAGGAAGAGGAAGAUGAAGGAGAAAUUCAGUCCGAGUUGCCUCUCUGCCACCCACUGUGUCAGUGUCCAAAAUGUGCCCCCACCCAGAAGCUGUCUGCUCUGCAGGCAGGAACUCUUGGCGUCAACACCUGUAAUGUUGACGGCUUCACGCCGCUCCAUGUUGCCGCCCUGCACGGCCACUCAAUGUUGGCCACCCAGCUGAUCCGCCACGGGGCCAACGUCAACGCCCGCAACAACCAGAGUGCCACACCGCUUCACCUGGCCAGCCAGAACAGCCAUGUCCAGGUGGUGAGGUUCCUGCUGGAGUGCAAUGCCAAACUGAAUAAGAAGGAUCACUAUGGCAACACACCUCUAAUACUUGCUUGUCUCUGUGGAAGCCUGGAGACAGCCACCAUCUUGUUACAGAGUAAUGCGCUGGUCAACCAUGCAAACCUUCAUGGGAACACGGCUCUCCACGAGGCGGUGCGUGGUGGACACCAGGCGCUGGUGGAGCUGCUGCUGAGGGGCGGAGCCUCACCCGGCCUCAGGAACAAAAGACAGCGGACACCACUGGACUGCGCCUACGAGCUCGGUGGCAAGAACACUGAGAUCCUGAGAGCCCUGCAGAAAGCCUCUGGACUCUCUCCUGACGCUGAACCAAUCAAACUCCUCUCUGUCCCCAAAGGAGCUCUUGCUCAUUCAUUUGUGCAGCGGCUGAGGCUGCAGGAUCCCCCCAACAGCCGGAGACAGAAACUGGCUCAGUCCAUGAGCAGGAUUCAGCAGAUGAAGAAAGGCUCCUCCAGUCCUCCUCCCAGGUUUUCACCAACCCUGAACCAGAUGAAUCCAGACAGGAGGAGGUUGAGGCGAGGGGAGACGGUAGAGGUCAGCAGCCCCUCGGCGGCGAUCAAGUCCGGGCUCCGGCGGGGAGAGCGGCCCCUCGGACGCUGUCACACGUUGGACUCCGGCGGACACACGUCGGAGCGGCUGGAGUCUCCGUCAGUUUAUAACACAAGUGAAUGCACUGAAAAAGAAAGUGGUCAGACCGAUGACUCACCUGCCAUCAACACCGCUGCUGACUCUCUGUCAGCGGACGUUCAGACGUCCACAGAUGCACACGAUGCACACGACGCACACUCCACCGAUGUGUCUACCUGUAGCACCGGUAGUGAGACCUCACCAUCCCCGCCGUUUAAUGCAUUGUCACUCCCUGACAAUUUGUUCGAAGCCCCUCCUACGCACCUUUUACCCAGCCUCUCUGUUUCAAACACGUCGGACGAGUCUUCUCACACCGACCGCCAGAUCCUGCGGCCUGUAAACGGAACAUUAGCAGAGGCGUCCGACGACCUGACGCCACCCUGUGUCGAUGCCGAGCCGUCACAGUCGGAGAGCAAAGAUGGGAACUCCAAUGCCACUCGCCCCCCCCCCCCCCCCCACUGACCUCCAGUCCCCCAUCCAACAGUUACAUGGACUGAACUAGCUGCUGGUCAGAAAGACUUCACCGGUUUUACUUUGCACAAGCAACAAAAAAAUUACAAGAGUGUAAAGGGCCAGUUCACUCGUCUCACCAAAAAACUGUACCUGUAGUAUUUGGUCAUUCAGCAUCGGUUUUAGGUCCGUCAGAUUUCUGCAGCCACUCAAUGAGUUUUAAUUUCCAACAACACCUUGUAGUGCCAUUAUCGGUCUCAUUCCUUCAGGCCAAAAACAGCACUGUAAUGACAUAACACAGUGCUGUGAUGGUGUGGAAAUGUAGAUUCACAAAGUCCAGUUAGGGUUAGACACAGCAACACUGCACACACAGUUCUAAAUACUACUCAUUACCGCUUUAUCCCCCACAUGAGGGGUCACUGGAGCCAAUCCCAGCUGACAUAGGGAGAAAGGCGGGAGAUGCACAACCAUUCACGCUCACAUUCACAGCCACAGUCAAUGUAGAACCUCUGCAUGUUUUUGUACUGUAGGAGAAAACUGAAGAACCCAGAGAGAACACACACACACACACACACACACACACACACACAGGGAGAAUAUGCAAACUCCACAAAAAAGACCUGAACCCCAACAACAUUCUUGUGUGUUAGCCACGUGUUCCGCCACGUAGUCAUGCUGUGUAUAUAUCUCUCUCUAUUAACUGAAGAAAGAUCUGUUUUGUCUGUGUGCCUGUCCUUCCGCCUGUCCGUCUCUUAUUCACAUAACUGUCCAACAGUUCACUUGACAGGCUUCAAACUUAGUAGGUGACUUACUGAGGUCACAGUGUGUGGAUAAGAAACACAGAUAACAGGUGUGGGUGCUAUUUUACUAGUACAAAGUAAUACUGUAAUAAAUCAGCAAUGUGCAUUUCACACAUUAAACUUGAUUUUUAUGCAUUGUGAUAAUAGUUGGAGGAAUAUCACAACACAGUUUGUGGAGAGGAAAGUUGAAUUUGCAAUAUUUUUGCAAUUUGGGAUUACUGGCUCUUUAAAAAGUCACCACAAAAUGCAAAAAGUGUGUUGUACACAUCCUUAGAUUUCCUCCCUAUCAUCAUGUUGGCAUCAGUCAGCCAUGGAGUCGAUGAUUUAUAUAUAUAUAUAUAUAUAUAGACAUAUAUAUAUAGACCUAACAUACUGCAAAUGCCAAGAAAAAAAAAUGGAAGUCACUAUUCUUUGCCACUAUUCUUCUCAUUUCCCACCUCUCAGUUUAUUCCCUAUAAAAUAACAUUUUUAAUCAUUCAGCCACAAGAGAAACGGCUUUGAAAACUUCUGGCCCUUCAUAUCAAAUCAAAGACUUUCUUCUUAAAUGUGCCCGUGUUUGCUCAACACCUCCACCUGUUCAUUUUGUCGAACAAUAAUUGUCUUGUCAUAUUCAUGUAGUAGAUUCUGCUGAAGAACAUUUCAUACUGAGUAUAGCAGCGACAUGAACACAAUCCCAACUGAAGCACCUGUGCUUUGUAAAAUAGGGCUUUGUGUUCACAGCUCCUGUAUCUCCUCCUCUUCCUUCUCCCACUCAGUGUGAUGCACUUUGUUUUUCACUCGGCUUAAACUAAAAGAAAAAGGGAUGGACUUUUAUGUUAUUUUAGUUUUGAAUGUUGUUGUUUAUUUUGCUGUAUUGCUGAUCUGAGCACUGGACUUGUUUUCUUUUUUUUACUUGAAUGCUACAUGUUAGAUUUAGAUAAGAGUUCAAAUAUUAAUUAAUUUGUCUCCCACUUUAGAAACAUACUAUUCUACAUACUUUUUAUUUGAAUACUUCAAUGUUAUUUAUGUGUGUCAUGUGUUCAGAGAGGGUUGACUUCUCCUGAAUGUUAGAAUGAAUUUUAUAGAGGAGAGGUUCAAGAAUGACAUUACUGUUUCUGCAUGUAUUCAACCCAUUAAUGGAAUAUCGUGGGCUUUCCGUCAGCCUUUAGUCACUUUUAUUUUAUUAGAAAUGACACCGAGCCAAUCGUAGUUUGGUUUAUACGUACAAAGCCCCACGAAGGCUUCAGAUCAAAAGUAUGUUGCUAUACCAUUUGACAUUUAACAAGCAAGAACACUGCUGGUGUUUUUACUGUUCACACAUUAUUGCCACGUCUUACUGUAUGUGUUUGACUGCAGACCGUUUCUGAAGAAAAAGAAGUUCACUGCUUUAAAUGAACCUGAACUUGACACCUCAUGAACAAAAACAACAGCACAUGUCCGUCAAGUCCUAAUCAGUUUCCGCUUUUUUUCAGGUUUGAAUGUGUUAAGAUGACGUGAAUGUGCCUUAUUUAAUUCACUCCAAAAUAACUAAUAAUAAACCUAUGAUUUUGGCUAAGUAUA